GCGCUGCUCUGCUGAGGAAGUGCUUUAACCAAAGAAAUUUCAACCAUCGUCAUCGCCCCGGAAUCAACCACAACUUCCAUCACGAACCAACCGGCCUCACGUACACCCCGUCAACUUCACGAGUUCAUCACAAUCAACCACAUCCCAAAAUGGACGCCCUUACCAAGACCGAGGAGGCCCAGCUUCAGCAGAGACUUCAGAAGCGCCAGGUCAAGGAGUUCAUGAACCUCUUUGGCAACCUCGUCGACCACUGCUUCACCUCGUGCAUUGACGACUUCACCUCAAAGUCCCUCUCCUCCCGCGAGACUGGCUGCAUCACCCGCUGCAUCCAGAAGCAGAUGUUCUCCCAGCAGCGCCUCAGCGAGCGCUUCCAGGAGCACAACGCCCAGAUGACGGCCCAGAUGCAGGGACAGUAAAAUCACAGUCGAGAAAAAUUUCAAAUGAUGUAAAAAAAGAAGAGAGAAGAGAAUGGGCACGCCGACGGUGUUCGAUAGAGCGAGCACGCGCGCGCGCUGAUGUAACAUUAUUCCCAGCAAGGCAGGCAGACAAGCCCAGUCUAAGAGGAGAAGGCACUGGGAUUUACAACAUUUACCACACACGAUCUCCAACUUAACGAAGCCAGGCGAGUAGGUUGGGAAUGACAACCGCGAACGGGGAGGGUUUCAUGUAUAUUACAUUAUGUUUACUGUCUUCUUUCUCCCGGCCGGUGGACAGAAGACGUGGCAUAGCACUUCUUCGCGGGUUUGGAAUAAACACCGCUAAAUGAAGGGAGAAACGAAUGCACAAAAUAUCUACUCCAUGAGCCGU